ACUGAUCGGGAACAACUUACAUCACGUGCUUUAGAUCCAUCCACUUUUCGGAACGAGGAGGAAUUGAUUGGGAACAGGUGAUAUCAAGUGAUUCGGAUCCUCCUACGUUCCUGAACGAAGCGGGAUUAUUUCAGAAUAAGAGAGAUCAAGUGAUUCGGGUACAUCAACUUUUCUGAACGAGACGAGGUGGAAUAUUUAUUGAUCGAGAGCAGCCGAGAUCAAGUGAUUCGGAUCCAUAUACCUUCCGGAGCGAGGUGUAAUUGAUCGAAGACAACUGAUAAUCUUUGGAGAGUGAUCCAAAGAAACUUAACUAAUUAUUAAGAGAUAAAGAAGAAGCGAUGUCGAAGAAAAACAAGGCACCAGAUAUUCAAGUGAGAAGUGGAGUCUUGUCCUGCUUUAAUUACAAAAAGAAGACUCUGCUGCAAAAGGAAGCAUACGAAUUGUCCCCAAUGUACUGGAAAUGCUUCCGCCAGGGGACCAGCGGAACUGUGAUCAUGCAGGGACAUCGGAGUGAGAUGUCCAACAAAGGCAAACCUCGGGUCAGCAUGGUUGUCAACGGCUGCACGACCGAACUGCUGCCACCCAUCCUCAAGUCGAAGGGCACAGAUUACGCGGGAAACGAUAACUACCUGGGCAUCCAAGCCGAGGACGACAAGAUUGUGUUUCUGAAAGCUGAAGGGAGAUCGCAACGUGACUUGUGGUAUAAUGACAUCAUAGAAGCACUUGGCGAUCGAGCUUCAACGACCACGAAUACGAUGGCGUCGAUUCCCGAGCAACGGUCACCGAGUCAAGAACGACCUCCGAUGAUACCUCUAGAGGAUACGCUCGACAACGACAAUCUUUCCCUGGGUGGCAAAGCGUCAGGCCAGUCUGACGUGUACACGGUGCCUUAUCAGGACUAUGAACCGAUGCGAUGUUCUGUCUCUACCGACGAUGACGGAUGCUCUUGGACGGGUACCAAGCCUUCGCCAUCGAUAACCACGAAACAUAAUUCGCCCAUCAUUUCCGAUGUCGGUGAAGAAGAUGGACUCGUUUCCGAGCAGGCCGAUCUAGAUGAGGAUGGGUACGUCUUUCCCAGUGUCUUUGCUAAGAAGACCAUUGACGCUGACGUGGUCGAGGAUGCCCCGUCGAAUGGGAGUUCGCUUUCAUUGUCGAAGACCUCACCGUUGAACGUUCCCCGUUUGCCCGAAGCGAAGCCCUUGUUGCCCGAAGUGAAGCCCUUGUUGCCAGCGGCGGUGGACGAUCGACCAGCCAUUUCAUCUGACUUCCUCGAGAGUCUGAAACACGCGCAAGAGAGUAAGCCGCGCCCCUUCGACGGUUCCCCUGAAAAGCCCCGCUAUACCGCUGUAACUCGUCGAACCAAACCUCCGCUCCCGGAAACUCCGCCGAAGAUGCCUCUAGCGAUUCCCAAGGAGCUCAAGCAGCCGACCCUUGAGACGAAAAGUGCUACAGAGGAGAACGUAUCGCCGGCGAAGAGUCCAGUCAAGGCGGUAAAGACGCCAGAGCGGGAGCCGGCGAGAAAGUCUCGGCGGAAGCCUUUGAAGAUGCCCCCACCGUUACCUGCUGGAGGAAACUCUAAGCCAAGGUCUAUCAUUGGAAACAGCAGCAAUGAGAGGCAGGAAAGUUUACCACCGUUGCCGCCGGUGCCACAAGCUAGGGCGCGGCCGAGUCCGGGGGAAGCCACUUCAAGCUCUUCAGAAACGUCACCCGUCAAACAACAUGGUGCUGAAACUAAUGAGAAAGUAUAUCAGUUAGUCAGGUGA